AAUAAGUUCUCUCUUUCUAAAAUGUUACCGCGAACAAAGGAGAGAAUAAAAACGGUUUAUUUAUUAUACGCCUAUAGUUGUGCUCUGGUCGUUUAAACCGUCAUCUCUAUUUCGAAAUGUCGAUACGCUUAGCUGGAAGACUGGCACUUGUUACCGGUGCUGGAAGCGGCAUCGGAAGAGAAGUAUGUCGAGUUUUAUCUCGUGAAGGUGCAAACAUUGUCGCAGCCGAUCAGAAUAUCAAAACUGCUCAGGAAACUAUUGCCUCUUUAGAAGGUGCUGAACAUAUUGCAUUGCAUAUUAAUGUCGAGGAUCGAAUCAGUGUCAAAGCUGCGUUAGAUGUCAUAAAGCAAUUUUCAAAGCCUCCUACUAUUAUUGUUAAUUCGGCAGGCAUCUAUCGCAAAAAUAUUCUGACAGAGGUUGAUGACAAUACCUUUAAUGAUGUCAUUAAUAUCAAUUUAAAAGGUACCUUUCUAGUCAUGCAAACUGCUGUGAAAGCGAUGAUAGAGGGAAAUGUAACUAAAAAUUCUUCAAUUAUCAAUAUAAGUUCGCUUGCUGCUACACAUAGAGACGUUGGACUAAGUAUUUACAGUGCGUCAAAAGCUGGAGUGAUAGCUAUGACAAAGUGUGCUUCGUUGGAGUUUGGACAUCUUGGAAUUCGGAUAAAUGCAGUAUUGCCUGGUUUUAUAGAGACUCCUAUGACUGCACAUAUAUCUGACGAAAGUAGAGAAAUGUUAAUAAAACAAAUACCAUUGCAAGGAUUAGGACAACCAGAAGAUGUAGCAGAAGUUAUCGCGUUUUUAGCUUCUGAUAAGAGUUCCUACAUAAAUGGAGCCUCUAUUGAAAUUAGUGGAGGAAUUUAAGUUUUAUUAUUCUUAUACAUAUACCUCAAAUGUAUUAUAUAAAUACGUCAUUAGUCGAGUGUUAUACAUAUAUAUGUUUUAUAUGUCUUUAAUUGGUUUCAAUAUUAUUCAUGAAAUUAUAUAUUACAAUAUAAAUAAAAAGAUAAUCAUAUAACGAAAUUUCAGUCUAAAUUUUGUUACGAA